GCGCGCCUUCUUACCAAAUUGCUCUCCCGCUUCCAUAUUUUGUCCACACUGCCACUCUCUCUUUCUCGAACAAAACAACCCGCAAACCCUAACCCUAGCGACCCCAAUUCUCCUCCGCUCCCUCGCAAAGUCGGCGUCCUUCAGCGUCUCCCUUAACUGUACGUCUCCAAACCCUAAUCUCACCAUCUCUCCUCUGUUAAUUUUGAAACAUUUCGUUUUUCUUUUUUUCGGGUUUGAACCCUAAAUUGGGUCCGAGUCCGAAUGCAAUUUGGGGCUUAUUUGUUUCUUCGUUUGUUGUGGAUUCCUGUAUUGUUUUAUAUUUAUAUUGGGAUUCCUAUCCGAGAACCGCAAUUGAGUUCUAAAGUGGGCCCUUUGACCCGUACGGAUGCGACCCGCUUGGAGUCCGGGUUGGGUCAGGCGGGUCCCGAAAUCCGUCUCCGAUCCGGCCAUUUCCGGAAGCUCGUCUUUCCCAACCUAAUUUUACCCCUUUCUGAAAUCUGAAAUGCCCGACCCGCCUUGUCUCUCCCCAUGGACCCGGUUCAAUACUCGGGUCGAAUUUCAAGACCAGACUUAAUGUACUGGUGAGGUACUAAGUCAAUGCAAUGGAUAUGUCCAAUGCGGUGAACAUCAAAUCAACCAGAUUAAAAUCUGUCGUGUGGAAUGACUUCGAUAGGAUUAAAUUGGCUGAUAACACAUGUAUUGCUGUUUGUAGACAUUGUAAAAAGAAACUCAGCGGAUCAAGUACCAGUGGGACAUCACAUUUGAGGAAUCAUUUAAUUAGGUGUCAGAGAAGAUCUAAUCUUGGCAUACCUCAACUCUUUGCAGCAAGAGGAAAGAGAAAGGAAGGGACUUAUUUCAACUUGGAUCAACGGAAGAAAAAGGAUGAAGGUAUUAACCUUGUGAAUAUUAGGUUUGAGCAAGAGCAGACAAAAGAUGACAUCAUUAACUAUGGAAGUAAUAACUUUGAUCAAAGGCGGAGUAGGUUUGAUCUUGCCCGAAUGAUUAUUUUACAUGGUUAUCCCUUGGAUAUGGUUGAGGAUGUUGGAUUCAAAGUGUUCGUUAAGAAUUUACAGCCAUUAUUUGAGCUUGUUACAUCUGAAAGAGUUGAGGCUGACUGUAUGGAGAUAUAUGUGAAAGAGAAGCAAAAAGUGAAUGAUGUGUUGGAUAAAUUGCCUGGUAGAAUCAGCCUUAGUGCGGAUAUGUGGGCUUCUUUGGAUGGUGCUCAGUACUUGUGCUUGACAGCACACUAUAUUGAUGAGUCUUGGCAGUUAAAGAAGAAGAUUUUAAAUUUUAUUGUCAUUGAUUCUUCUGAUACAGAAGACAAGCAUUCAGAAAUUAUCAUGACAUCGUUAAUCGAAUGGGAUAUUGACCGUAAGUUGUUUUCUAUGACAUUUGAUAGUUAUUCCACCAAUGACAACAUAGUCAUUAGAAUCAAAGAUAGGCUGUCCCAAAACAAGUUACUUUAUUGUAAUGGUCAGUUAUUUGAUGUACGUUGUGCAGCAAAUGUUCUUAAUAUGAUGUUUCAGGAUGCUCUAGAAGCACUUUGUGAGAUUACUGAUAAGAUUCGAGGAAGUAUACGGUAUGUCAAAAGUUCGCAAGCAGUACAAGCAAAAUUUGACGGGAUAGCUCAACAAGGUGGAGGUCAGAGUAAGAGAUUCUUAUGCCUAGAUAAUCAAAUGCAGUGGAACUCGACAUAUGUUAUGCUUGAAAUUGCUUUGGAGUACAGGGAAGCAUUUUAUCUUUUGCAUGCAAAUGACGUUGUCUACACCAUGUGUCCAUCUGAUAUUGAAUGGCAUAGAGUGAGUGUCAUUACGAGCUACUUGAAGCUCUUUGUUGAGGUUACCGAUGGUUUCACAAAAUUCAAGUCUCCGACUGCAAAUUUGUAUUUUCCUGAGCUUUGUGAAGUACACUUGCAGCUGAAUGAGUGGUGCAAGAAUCCAGAUGAUUAUAUCAGUUCUCUCGCGUUUAAGAUGAGAAGCAGAUUUGAAGAAUAUUGGCAGAGAUGUAGCUUGGGUUUAGCGGUUGCAGCCAUAUUAGACCCUCGGUUCAAGAUGAGAGUGGUAGAGUAUUAUUAUGGGCAAGUUUUUGGCAGUGGCGCUCCAAGCCGGAUUUCUGAGGCUAUUGUGUGUGUCAAGGCACUGUAUAAUGAACAUUCAAACUGCUUAGCUUCCCUUGAUCAAGGUGUGGCUUGGCAAGUACGUGAUGGUUCUCACUUGCCCGGUUCUGAAAGGGAGUCAGGGGAUAGGCUGAGUGGUUUUGAUAGAUAUAUAGAGGAAACUAAUGAGGCUGAUGGAACAAAGUCAGAUUUGGACAAGUACUUGGAGGAGCCUGCCUUCCCCCGUCAUGCACAGGGAUUUGACAUAUUAAAUUGGUGGAAAGUUCAUGCUCCUAGGUACCCUGUCCUAUCUAUGAUGGCUCGCAAUGUGUUGGGAAUUCCUGUGUCAAAAGUUGCUAUGGACUCUGCAUUCAACACCGGACGAAGAAUGGUCGACCGUGAUUGGAGUUCCAUGAACCCAGGUACCGUCCAAGCAUUGAUGUGCGCACGAGACUGGAUACGAAGUGAACUAGAAAGUUAAAUUAGGUCAAAUUUUUUUCCUUUAACUACAUUUUCGAGAUAGAUCUUUCAUGUAUUCCUGUGCAAAUUGGAAAGCCAAAUUGUAUGGGCCUCAUUUCAGUUGUUCUUCUUUCAUUAGGUCUUUCCAUCUCUCAGUAAACUCCUCUCCUGGAUUAUUCCAGAUAUUGUACAUAGAACCCAAAUAUUAUGUCUUAAAUUUUACAGAUCCGGAUUAUGAUGUUA